AUGCAACAUCCAAUGUGUGCGUCGUACUUGUCGGCAGAGGAGGCAAAAACAGCAGUGACGCAACGUGUGACUUGGACCUAUGGGGUGGACGAAACAAGGCCGCUAGUCGACUUGAACGAAACUCCUUCACCGACUGGGACAUCAAACGGCGCGCACCCCUGCGCGCGACGCCAGAGCAGCGCUCAGGCAGCAGCUAAUGUGAACUCAGAAGCAACCAGUGCAAAUAACGAGACCGAUGCCCCAACCAUGAGCGGCCAGAGCUCGUUUCAGCCAGCGUCUGAGGUGCAACAUUUCAAGUUGUCUCUUGUGAAAACUGCAUCCCCAAAGAUCGUUUCCCACCUGCAAUCCGAAGAGACAACCCAAGUGUACAGCAAAACGGUUCCACAGCAUACAAGCCACAGCGAUGAGAACGCAACCUUGCACGACAUGCCAACCCAGAGCAUGUGCCAGAUGGUAGCAGAGAGAAAAGAUCAGGGCAGCCCUCAGGUGACAGCUGAAGUCAUAGCAGACUCGGCCUCGUCACAGAAGCAAGAAGUUACAGUGUCAGCACCUAGCCACGGCAAGUUUCCAUUAGUGCAGGUAAAGCCUGAGCGGGAUGCCUCGCCGGGCGACGACCCAUCACCGCAGGUGACAAGCCAGAGCAGCGCUCAGGCAACCACAUCAGACAAAAGCGACGAAAAGGCCACAUCGGCUCGUCCGAGCCAUUCUAGGAUUUUUUUUUGUGCCAGUGAAGACGCAAGCCAGCCCGAGUCAGUCGCAGAUCCAGCUUUGAAUGGCGAAUCCUUCGUAGCCAGUGUGAGACCCAACGUAUUGUCACAAGAUUACACGGGUGCAGAGUGGAAAGACCCCGACGUCGACAUGUUGUUGCAAUUGAGCAAUGCGACUGACACACUCACCAUUCGAACCGGGCACAACUUCUGGGACCAGUGGCAGAAUGACUUUCUCCCCAGGGCUUUUCCCUUCAGCCUCCCCGCACCCGUCAGUGGUCCGGACUUCCCCCACAAAGAGCGCCCACGGAGGCCCGCAGAUGCGCCGCACUUGCAACCCUUGGCACACUUGAAACUCCUGGCCGGACGCAUUGAGAGUUCAAUUCGUAACUCAUGGGAUCUGAUUCCCGGGCUGCGACGAUUGACAUUCAAAUGGCACUCGGUGUGGCAGGGCUCGCUUUGGCGGAAAUGGAAGUCACAACGGCAAGCCAUUGCACCGGCACCUAUGCUCAAGUGGGUCCAAGCGGCUCGUGGCCUCUACAACAAGCUGAGAUCCGGCACAUAUACCACUGCAGGUGGGAAGCCCAAACCCAUACACUUUGACACCCGCAAACUCCCCUAUGCCCGCGGCCUCACAACCGAUGAAAAGGAAUUGCUCCAGGACGUGAAAGGCAUGCAAGGCCAUAUGCCUGGAACGAUUGAAGUACGACGUCGGAUUGGACGUUUCCUCUUCGGGGCCAGGGUUGAGAUGGGAGAACCCCUCUUCAUCACCAUAUCUCCCACAACCCGUCAUAACACCUUGUGCAUCAAAUUCAGCCGCUAUCGCGCCGCAGAUCCUGGCGGAGCCGCCGACGGAGCGCGCGAGCGCCCGAAGCUAUGGGAGACGGCAGAAGCGACCAUCGACGUGCCGCCAUACGACACUCGCAGACAGCUCACUGCGAGGGAUCCGUGGGCCGUCGUUCUCAGCUUCCAAACCGUGGUGCGGUGCAUCUUCGCCAAACUGCUUGGCAUCCGCAUGUGUUUUCGUUGCCCAGCAUGCGAUUGCCGCGAUGCACGCGGACACGGGUGUCACGUGACGGGGGGCAUCCUUGGCAUUGCCAGCGGCCUAUGCGGAGCAAUCGAAUACCAAGCCAAUUCCACACCGCAUUUCCACUGCAACGUGUACAUCGCGUCCAUUUGGCAACAAUCUUUGAGUGAACUUGCAGCCAAACUGAAUGACAGCACCAUCACAUUCGAGGACGUGCAACAAUUCUUGACAUGGGCACACUCCGAAUCCCAUCUUGACCUAGCAAACCAUACGCAACAGCAAGACCACCUUGAAGCAGACUGGGCCCAGAACAACUGCAAAGCAAGCCACGAUUUUUUGUGUCAGUGGCCCAAAUUCCUUGCCGAAGACAAAGCGGCCAGUCCAUGGUUGAACGCAGUGGAACCCAAGCAGGCAUUGGCCGACGCAAGUCGUUUCAUCCACCACUACCGUCGAGCAGCACAGAGCAAGAUCAGCCAUCAGCAGCUUCACUGGCAUCCGUGGAACGUCGCGCAGAAGUGUCGGUUGCCAAUCGCCGGUUGCAGAAAGAAGGGGGCGCCAAACAAGUGUAAGCACAAUUUUCCAAAAGCGCUGAACGAAAAGGUUCGAGUAAUUUGCAGAGGGAACGCACGAAAAUUUGCACAGAGCACUGCCGGGCGACGGAAUGCACUGGGCAUGGUCUUAGACAAAAGAGACGAUCCUUGGUUGUCAGGCACCAUGCAUGCAUUCGCCCUCAUGUUAUUUGGCAACUCACACACCGCAAUAAAUUUCCGGGUGCCCUUGUCGGCGAACACCCACGACACCGACUGCACCCGAGGCUGCUUGGCAAAGAACAUGCUCCCAAAACUGCAACGGGCGAUGGCGCAAGCAGCCCGCCGGUCCACCAGAUAUUUCACCGGCUAUUUGCAGAAGCCGCAGCCGCUGGGGAGAAAAGAAUUGCAACAAGCGGCCAAGCAAUUGCAUUUCCUGGAAGAAGCAUCCGCAAAAGAUGACGCGGCAGCACACUACCGUAAAGUUGUGCAUAGAGUCUUCGGGGAUCUCGAAUUUCGUUGCUCAGUACGCCCAGUCACAGAAGAAUUCAUGCUUGCGGGCUUCAGCAACAUGACCGAUCCCACGACCGCCGAGUGCAUCCGGACUUUUCCCGUUGUCCCGUUUGUAGGAAUCGAGUGGGUUGGUAUAUUAGACCAUGUCACAGACAUUCGUCAUAAAGUGGAACCCCCCAACCCGCACAAGAGUACAUUGAAGUCCUCCGAAGUAUACGGGUGGCGGGGAACCGACGAGCGGGUGUUUCACUUGUCUCCGUGGGAGUUUAUCAAAUGGUGGAGUCUAAAAAAAUUACAGCCGCCCACCAAAAAUGCAACUGAAGACGGACAAGGGCUCAGUGUUUGGGUGAGGAAGCAAGGCACCGACAGGAAACCUGUGGAUGGCUGGCAAUAUGGCCGCGACUACAUUUGGAAACAUCCCUUGCCAAAUAGCCGCGCCGCCAACCUGGUCCGACUACCGCAGUGCAAUGGAUGCAAUCGAGCACAGGAAUACUAUCUGGAAAGACGGACCGAACCGCUGAUCCCAUACCCCACGACCUGUCCGUUGCCGAAGCCCGACAUGUCCAAGGAUGCACAGGCCAGGCUCCUCAAUGUCUAUCUGAGGCCCUGGACACUUGAUCUGAAAAGUGCUACCCCGCAUGUCCCGCACAUCAGUGCCUUAGACUUAGAGAUAAGAAGUACUAGUCUCAACCCCCGUAGACGCCUGUUCACCAAGACCGCACCGGGUCCGAGAAGUCAUCACGUAGCAUGGAGAGCAUACAUCCAGCACCACGUAGUGUCGGAACAUGCAGCUCGCACUAUUCGAAACUUUCUGUCCGCAACGGAGUGUGAUCCAGAAGAAGUCGACCUGGCCGAAACACCAGCCAAGCCAACAGACCAUGAAGUGGAUACGACCUGGGUAACUUCCGACACCAUCGAUAAACUUGUCCGCGGUGUGGGCUUCGAAUAUUCGAAACGGUCAGGUCCAGCGGUACGCCGCAUAGUUGAGGAAUGGGAAGCUACUCCGCAGGUUGAUGCAAUAAACUCUUGGUUUGUAAACACUGGAAUACCUGGCAUAAAGCUUGACCAUAGUCAAAGCAAACGGCAGCAACCGACGCCGUUGCCGGAGACCGAACCACUGAGCUGGACCUACCACAACUUAACGCCAGAGUUUGCCACAGCAUGGUUGCAGCGUCUCGCAGAGCAGGGCUCGGUGGCAGUCGAUCCAGCCGCAGGCAGCGCAGAGCAGCGCUCAGCCAGUGCAGAACCGCGCUCAGCAAAUGCAGAGCCGCGGUCAGCAUGUAAACCCACAGCCGAACAACUGAAAUUCCUGCGUGCUGUCGUCGACCGCUGCCUCACAGAGGCUCAAGAAGAACAGGCCGAAAGUUCCCGCAGUGAGCCUUUGCGUGCAGUGUUCCACGGGGUUCCAGGUGCAGGCAAAACUCAAACUCUCAAGUGGUUGCGUGCUUUUUUUGAAAAUUUGUGUGGGUGGCAGCAUCAACAAGAGUUUGUAUACUUGGCACCGCAGAACACCCAAGCUGCACUUAUUGCUGGCAUGACGCUGCACUCGUUUGCCAAUAUCCAGGUGAAAACCAAAACGGCCCGAGCAAAAAACACCGGCACACCGGAACAGUUCGCUAAGUAUCAACGCCUACGGUGGCUGGUGGUGGAUGAAUCUUCGACGGUCGGGUUCGAAAUAUUGGCCACUCUGGAGAAACGCCUGCAGCAGUCUACCAGAGAUCGGGAUACGUGGAAACUUCGGCCAGGAGGAGAACGGAGGCCAUUCGGAGGGCGCAACCUCAUCUUGACCGGGGACUUGUGGCAGUUCCCGCCAGUCAAAGCCACAGCCAUUUACCAGAACCCUUUCCAGUCAAACGCAACCUUCCAAGUCAACGCACUGCAGCAAAUCUGUUGGUCGCACACCUCGCUCGCCAUCCCACACCUGUUUGAGCUCACCCGCGAACAGCGGUGCGAGGACGCCUGGCUCAGCCAAAUUCUUCACCAGGCGAGGCAUGGAAACAUGUCGCAGGAAGUGUGGUCUUUCUUACACGGGUUUCCUACACUCCAUGCGGGCUCGUGGUCCUUUCAAACCAAUCAAGCCACCUGCGGCGAAAAAACUUGCAACAACCUACAUCUUCAACCCACCGCCCCCAACCAGUUGGAAUGUGUCAUUUGCCACCAAGAAAGGGCACGGCGAUGCAUCGUAGGCAAAGACCCAAAGGCCGAGCACUUCCUCAACCAUCCUUUCGUGCAUGGGCUGAAUGCCGCCAAGUACAUUGCAGCCAACCUGCGUGCCAAAUGGGUCGCCAGCACUCGCAAGCACAAGUUGCUUUGGAUAAUUGCUCAAGAUACCCCGCUUUUUCAUGUGGAGGCGACGGAAUUACAAGCCCGGCGCGAAAAUUGGUUGCAGCGCCAUGACCAGUCCACCGGCGGAGUCGUCGGAAUCUUGCCCCUUCUCCACAACAUGCCAAUCCGAGUCACGCAAACCCUGUCUGAUCUUAAAGCGUUCGGGCUCUUCAAAAACACCCGGGGCAUCCUUUGGAAUUGGACACUGCACGAUGUCGACAAAGACGCCGUCGAAACCGCAGAAGGCCGAGACAUCGUGCUACAACGUCUUCCACUGGCAUUGUAUGUCAGAGUGGCCGGGGCAAACUGGCAACAACAUCCAGACCUGCCGGUUGGCGUCGUUCGGAUUGAACCCGUCACCCAGACGUGGACGCUGGAAACGAACGGCAAAGCUACAGUCUCUCGACGCACAACUCAGCGGGUACAUGUGCCUAUCAAGAGUCCGAAAAAGCGAAGAUUUGUGUAUAGUCCAACCUUUCUCCACACAUUCUUAGAAGUGCAUCGGGAAAACCUCACUCUGCCAGAAGCAAAAGCUCGCUUUGAAAAAGAUAAGCCGAACAAGCAGAAGAAUCGUGACAUCCUGUUGUUUUGCCGCGGUUGCAGCCCACAACCGCACCUACAGGAAAAACUUUUGCCACUUCGAGAAUUUGUUUCGGCCUGGGACCAAGAGGAAUGGUUCCGAGUCUUGUCAGAAGGCAUGUGUCGCUUAUGCACCCAAUGUAAAACGAAGCAGAGCAGCCCUGCAACCAAGAGGAAGGCUAAGGAGGUGAAUGCAUGCGCAUAUUGCCAGACCUUGCCAGCCGACCAGACCGGCUACUGUUCGAAGUGUGCCAAAAUUCGCUUAGCGUGCAGCAAGUGUGAUAUCGGGAAGAAAAUCAAAACAAAAAGCCUGCUAGAUUUUAGCCCCGAAGAGAUCAGUCGGAGAAAAAGAACCAAAGAACUCCGAAGAGCACGCUGCAAGAAGUGUGCAGUCGCCCCAGUGACAGCAACUGCAAAACAAGGCUUGUGCUGUAAUUGCAACAAAGCCAUCAGUGUGUCCCACCUUGUGAACUACAGUGCAGAAUCCCAGACCGGAGUGUGCCGCAGCUGCAUGUGGAAGAGUCCAUUGAUGAGCAGUGAUGAGAUGAACCAGUGGUUUCCUUCCUUCAAACCUGAGGAUGUGCAGUUGGAGACGAUCACACCACUGAGCUCAGACGCUGCUUUCGCGGAACGGAUGCGAUUGGCAUUGGGCACAGGGGUUUUCGAAGACCAGGCUCAGGGAAGGCUGACGGUCAUCACCCCGUUGUUCCCAGAUGAGUUCAAGUUCGGAGUGAUCACGAGGGACAACCAGACAAUGAAGUUGCAGGAUGUGGCCAAGGGAGCAGACAAGGACUUCCGUAAGCAAGCAAUGCAGUUUACUUCAUCAUCAUUGACUGAUGUGGCCAAGAUGGGAGCAGACAAGGACUCACGGUCCACGUCGGCGUCGAGCCAUUAUGAGGUCCUGGAAGAGACAAUGGACAUUCACUUCAUGCGCUUCAUGCUUAAGGUACUGAAGGACAAUCCAGAGGCGCGCAUCAGCAUUUUUGAAGUUGGGAACCCAGAGCCAACCGAUGAGGCACCAGCUUUGACGUUAGUCAACCACUUGUGGUGGCAACUCCUCAGCCCCUAUCUGAAAACGGCUGGCAACAUCAUCAGCACCUACUACGCGGAAGAUCCUGAGGUGUAUUUCAAGAAACAAAGGAACGAUAGGCAUUUGGACUUCCAUGAGUUGGGAUACCCUCAGAACUGGGGGACGGCCUCACCCGCAUUUGCUAUGGCCCUUGUGUGCCCACAGCUUCGCUACCUGUCUCACGAUGUGAGGCAUCGGGUUCUCGAAGUUUGGCUGUGGCGUGCCACAACAUCUCAGUGUUGGCUCGAGUCAAAGACCUUUGUGAAGUCAUUAACACAGACGAUUUGCAAGUUGAUCCAUACAGGAUGGUUCUUGCAGCUCCCAACGGGCUUGAAAACGCUCGAGAGUUUGGAAGAGUUGCUGAAGAUCCGUGAAGCAUUCGUGGAUAGAUUGAGGAGUUCACGACUGGCUCCAGGGAUCCAAGGGAUUGAGGAUUUGCUCACCUGUCACCUGUCCACAGUCACAGUCAACCAGUUGGCCCUGACUUCUAGGUGGCCAGACCGACGUCGAACCCAUGGACUUCGGAUCUAUUUGGAGCCCAUGGCAAUGACUUCGGAGCCUUGGGAUGGAUGGAAUGCUAGUCUUAGUCUUGUCUUCUUGAGCUUGAAGACCGGCAUUGAAAAUGCCAUCGAAAUCCCAUGUCUGGGACGAGAGAUCAUGGGCGACGUUUUGAACAGCAAGUUCAGGGGCUAUUUGCAUCAGAACAACCCAGCCAAGUCUGUGAAGCGAGGGGGGCAGAUCUUGGAUGGUGAGGUUCAAGACAUGCUGAUGGAGCAGAAGGAGAUCAUUGCGUGCGCGCUCUAUGUGGUGGAGUGCGCGAAGCUCCUGAAGUACCACCACAAGAUGACGUGGGUGGUCUUCCUCCUGACGUGUUCAGCUGGCAAGCAUCGGUCUGCUAUGGUGGCAUUGCUGGCAGCCUUCAUGUUGGAUGAGCUUGUCUUCUUGCCAUCUUACCACACGUUGUCAUCAGAGCCAUGGGAAGUGAAAGAGGAUGAACUGCAGAAACAGUUGCAAGCAGCUUGCGCGCCGGUGUACUUUGCCCUGAAGAAUCUGCCGGUGGAAGAGGCAUCGUACGUGGCUAUGCUGGGCCUGGCAACUUUCUCCGAUGAUGGCCGCAAGUUCGCGCUGGCAAUCCUGAAUGCCCUCCAACGUGACAGGUGGCGUUGCAUGACAAGUUUUGAACAUGUGACAGGUGAAGCUGAUCCGGAUAAAAAGAGGUGGGGUUCGGCCGACGCUGCCAUCAUUGCCCAUUGCCGUGAGAAGAUGAAGCUGUUGACUGCCCAACAUUGGACGGCAUCAACAGGGCAAGAGCACCCAAAGCGUAGUGUCAUUGUCACUGAAAAUUUCACAAUUGAUUUGUCCAUCGCCAUGUCGGCCAUCACGAAUGAUUUUGUGGUGGCCCCUGAAUUGUGGCAAGUCUCCUUGCACAACCAUGUGAAAGUCUUGUACCAGGAGUGCACGACCACCAGGGAGCUCUUGGCUACGAAGAUCGCAGGCUUGACUUUGCCAAGUGCGGUUGAGGACGUGAAGGCAGAGAUUGCCAGCAUGUUCAAGGCUUUGAGUGGGGAAGAUGAUGAAGCAGCAUCUCAGUUUGCAAGCGAGUCAGUGGACCACACUUUGAAAAGCUGUUCGGAGGGCAUGGUGUCUAGUUCCAUGUGGUGUCUGAUGAGAUCUGAAAUUGAGCAGGGAAAGCUGGGCACGGAUCACACAGCCUUGCAGAUUUUCAAGACCCUCUUGAAGGUUCCCACCCUAUGGGAAGGCACGGCAUCCACCAAUGAUUCUUUGAUUCAGCAGGCAUUCCGCCAGAAUGUCAAAGGCAGUAUGAUCAAACCUCUGAGCUGCAUUCAAUGGUGUGACUUGGUGCUUGUCGCUGCAUACCCUGAUGGGGAUGUCCAGCAGCUGCUGAGUUUUGAGAACCGUUUGGCCAGAAAGGAGGUUGGCAAGCGGUUGGUAAAAACUUUCGAGAGCUUGCUGUGUGGCUUCGACAGCAAGGUGAAUGCUGAGGGCAUUGUAGUUGGACAGAAACAGGUGCCUUGA